ACAGAAGUUUCACCAUCCUUCCCUGUAGUUCCCAAGUGCACUGAUCCAGCUCUACCUUCCUCCUCCAAUGGGUCCAAGGUCCACUCUGACCUUGUUUUCCAGUGUGGAAUUUCUCCAGGCUUCCAGCGGGUGAGGUUCGAAGUCCUCCCACCGCAGUAGCAGACACUGUUUCUCUUUCUCAGGACGCACCAGCUUGGCGAAACUCCAUCCUCUGUCUUUAGAUUCCUCCACCCGCUUCUUCACGCUGAUUGGCAAGAUUUCUGCACACAGGUGCUUUAUUCUUAAAAAUGAUAUUCCACCUGGCAGUCACUCCCGGAGAGGUGACUAUCACUCUCAUCAUUUUGGUGGUGAUUUUUGUGUUUGUAAAAACACUCGGAAACAAAGGCAGAAAGCGGUUGUCUCCUCCUGGCCCGUGGUCAUUUCCCAUCAUAGGAAAUCUCUUCCAGCUUGGAGACCACCCUUACCUUACAUUCAUGGAGAUGAGGAAGAAAUACGGAGAUGUUUUUAUGCUCAGACUUGGCAUGGUGCCUGUCCUGGUGGUGAAUGGGAUGGAGAUGGUGAAACAAGUCCUGCUCAAGGACACAGAGCAUUUUGCAGGCAGACCUGACAUGCACUCAUUUUCUUUCUUGGCCGAAGGAAAAAGUUUGUCAUUCUCAGUGAAUUAUGGAGAGAGUUGGAAGCUUCAUAAAAAAAUCGCCUCCAAUGCUUUAAGAACUUUUUCUAAAGCAGAAGCAAAAUCCUCUACCUGUUCUUGUUUACUUGAGGAACAUGUCACCGAGGAAGUUUCUGAACUGGUAAAAGUUUUCACAGAGUCGACUUCCAAGAAUGGCAGCUUUGACCCCAGAAAUGCAAUUACCUGUGCGGUGGCCAAUGUUGUCUGUGCCCUUUGUUUUGGCAAGAGAUAUGACCACAGCGACAAGGAGUUUCUUCGGAUAAUUAAAACAAAUGAUGACUUACUCAAGGCCUCCAGUGCUGCUAACCCUGUCGACUUUAUACCAUGUUUCCGCUACCUUCCCCUGCGCAUUAUAAAUGCUCCCAGGGAGUUUUAUCGGGCUCUGAAUAAAUUUAUUGCAUUGCAUGUACAAGAUCAUAUUACUACAUAUGAUAAGGAUCAUAUCCGAGACAUCACUGAUGCGCUGCUUAAUACAUGCCACAACAAAUACGCUUCUACCAAAACGGCCACUUUAAACGAUGAUGAAAUCAUCAGUACCGUGAGUGACCUCUUCGGAGCUGGUUUUGAAACUGUAUCAACAUGUCUGUAUUGGAGCUUCCUUUACUUGAUAUACUACCCAGAAAUUCAAGCUAAAAUUCAAGAAGAAAUUGAUGCAAACAUUGGGCUGAAAUCACCCAGAUUUGAAGACAGGAAACUUUUACCCUACACAGAGGCUUUUAUAAAUGAAAUAUUCAGACAUGCUUCCUUUCUUCCCUUUACUAUUCCACAUUGUACCACGGCAGACACCACUCUGAAUGGCUAUUUCAUUCCCAGGAAAACAUGCACCUUUAUUAACAUGUACCAAGUAAACCACGACGAAACUAUUUGGGAUAACCCCAGCUUAUUUAGACCUGAGAGAUUUCUAAAUGAAAACGGAGAAUUGAAUAAAAGUCUUGUUGAGAAAGUUUUAAUAUUUGGAAUGGGAAUCCGGAAAUGUCUGGGAGAAGAUGUUGCACGAAAUGAGAUAUUCAUCUUCAUCACCACUGUUCUGCAACAGCUCAGCCUGAGAACGUGUCCCCGAGCUGAACUCGACCUGACGCCCACGUAUGGGUUAACCAUGAAGCCCAAACCCUACCAACUCCAAGCAGAGCUCCGUUCCUCAGGAAGUUCAUCUGUUUAAACUCCAGACCAGUUGGAAGGUUCUUAUUUAGUUUGAAAAGUUCUGUAAUUCAAAUUCAUUUAAUAAGUAGUUUAAAGAUUGUACCUCUACAGUGUGGUAUUAAUUCAAUUUGUGUCAUGUUUUUUAAAGUGUAUGGUUUAGCUUCUGUUCUAAUACAAGGCUAACUGUCCUAUGUUGAUAUUAUAAGAAAAUAAGGAAAUGUGGUGUAAAUCGGAGAGUUUAAGAACAUGUCACAGGGGGUUCCCAGUGUCACUGUGUCACUGUAGAAGUGAAGGGAAGGGAGAGUGGAGUGCUGAAUUAAGUGAGCAGGUGAGGAGACUUCAUCUGUGUCCCUUUAUGCAGCCACAGAUAUUUGCUUCACAUGUACAAAGUUCUGAAGUUAAAUAUUGUAUAUUUAUUUCAGUGAUUUGGGUGGGAUGGGUGCUCAAGAGGGCCAGGAGGGGAGCUAGAAUGGCCUAAAGCAGCAGAGGGCACUUCAUGUUGGUAACAGAUGAGCCAGGCUGGGUUUAGCAGUAUGGAAAAAGAUGUGAGGGGAAUUGCUCAAAAACCAUUUUUGUAUAGGCUGUUAAAUUUCCUGUUUUAAGAAUUUAGUUUCAAGGAAUCAGAAGGUGGCAUAAUGGUUAGGGGCUGGCUGGACUCCCACAUAGCCAAUCAGGGUGUGG